GUCUCUCCUCGCAGACACAAGAAGCUCGAUGACGCUGAUAUCAGCAAACUUGCCAGCCGCCAUCAUUCUUUUCCUGGCUGUCUGCAACGCGCGUCCUACUGUCCGCGAACGAAGCUCGCCGCAACCAAAAAAAAAAGGCUGCAAAUCGUGCAAAGGUUGUGUGUUAUUUUGUGCGAAGUGAGCGUGUAGCGGGUGUGUGUGUGGCAAGUUGCACGGGCGACCGCGUCGUCAUUGGAUGGCCUGAGUUCGGCUGCAGCAGGAACCCGCUGCAACACGGACCCGUGUGCCAGGUGGACCACCCACAGCGGACAGCAGGAAGGUGUACCCGGUUGUGCGGUGUAAGGGCGGCCAGCCCCCCCCCCCCCCCCAGAAACGAUGGAUUCCGAACUGCCGGAGUUGCUGUUUUUCGACACAUUUUCUCAUGACACGUACGAGCAAAAUCUCGAUCUGGUACAGUUCCCGAAGCCGGUCUACAUCACGGAGGUGCGGAUCAUCCCGCUCGGCGCCCGCGUCCAUGCGGACUUCCCGGGCGGCGUCCGGCUGGGCGCCACCAACCCGUCCAACUUCCACAUCCAGCUGUACGUGAACGAUCUCGGCAAGCCGGGCGCCCCGAUCUUCGAGAGCCUGGGCGAGCUGGAGUACAACCAGAACAAUUGCAUUCAUCUGCAGUGCGGCGGCGGCGGUUCGGGAGCGGUAGGCACGGGCCCGGGCACGGAGGAGUUUGUGCGCCGCAUCCCGACCGACGGGCUGGUGCUGAAGGGCUGGUACACGACGAUGACGCUCGCGGUGUACGGCAUCCUGACGACGAACAUCGCCGAGCCGAUCGUGUCGCCGAGGGAAACGACGCCCCAGCCGGCCGAGCAGCUGCUGGUCGGGCCGGACCACCACCAUCAUCUGCUGCACCACCACCACCACCAUCACCAUCACCAUCUGCACCAUGGCGGGGGGAUAGCGGAGCCGUCGUGCGGGCCGGGCGGCGAUUGGAUACAGGAGCCGCCGCUGCCCGGGCUGGUGGCGGCCGCCGAGACGGUGUUCGUGCAGAAGGAGUACCCGGAGGACGACAGCGAGGACGCACCGAAGGAUCCGCGGCCGUACGCGCGCCGGGCGGCGGCAGCGGCCGCCGCCACCUCCUCCAGUAUCGCGACCGCGCACCCACUGCCAGCCAGCGCAGCCAGCCCGCCGGAACCGAUCUACGAGCCGCUCGAGGCGGGCAAGAUACUGCCCGGGGAGUGCGAGCCGCCCCCGCUCGCAGACAAGCGCACCAAGGGUGCAGGGCCGCCGUACGCGUAUGAGCGGUCGCCCCGGGCCCGUCGCCACAGCAGCCGGGAAGAGUUUUCCUCCCGCUCGCCGAGCCUGUGUAAGGACUACGGGCCGAUGCCGGGCAGCGGGAGUAGCGGUGUCGGUGGGGGCGGGGGAGCCAGUGCCGCUGCGAGCAAGCAGCGUGACCAGUGGUCGCGCAGCCCGGACUACAUCGAGCCGCCGUCGCAACAGCAGCAGCAGCAGGUCGGCCCGCCUGCCCACCCUCCACUGCCACCACCGACACCGUCGUCGUCAUCGGGAGGGCAUCGAUCGUCGCGGCGGCUGCGCAGCGGCUCGUACGAGCGCCCGCGCCGCGAACCAUCGUUCGAGCGGCUGGAGAAGGAGGAGCGGCGGCCACGGCCCCGCUCGCCGAUCGGAUCGCCGCGGCGGCCCCGCUCGCCCGACCGUAAUGAAUCGUCGCUGGAGGAGGAGGACGAGCCGGAGGAGCUGGUGGACGACGUGGAGGACGUGGAGGACGAUCUGGACGAGGAGAUGGAGCUGGACGGCGGUUACCACCGGUCGAACGGAGCGAAGUACGCCGGGAGCAGCCGCAAGCGCCGCAGCAUGCUGAUGAUGAUGGAGCCGGCGAUCGAGAGUGGUCGACCGCAGCAGCAGCAGCAGCAGCCACCGCUGCCACCACUGCCCGUCCACCCGUCCGCUUCCGCGAAGCAUCACUCGUCGGCGGCGUCCAGUCGCAGCUCGUCCCACCACCAUCACCAGCGCGACCAUCACUAUCAGCAUGGGCAUUCGCACGCGCACCACGGCGGCCAGCAUCAGCAGCACGGUUCGUCCCAUCACCACCACCACCACCAUCAGCACCAUCAGCAGCAACAACAGCAACAACAGCAACAGCACGUGCCGGAGCGUGUCGUCUCGCCGCCCCCGCUAGUGUGCGAUGCCGUCUCCGUCUCGGUGACGCCGGUCGCCUCCCCGACCACCAUGCUGCCGGCGGGUGCUGCCACCGUCCCAGCGGCAACCCUGCCCGACGAGGAUGCCGCCUCCGUGCCGGACCAGUUCGAGCCGAUCCUGAGCGACGAGGAGAUACCGGAGGACUUUGACUACGAUCUGGAGAGCGCAACCGGUGGUGGCGGUGGAGCGGGAGCCCCCGCCCCAACCAGCGGAUCGUCCGGUCCGGCCGCGUACGAAAAUCUAGACGAGCCGCCCGCCAAACAGUUCGACCCGUUCGGGGCCACGCUCGAGCGGUACGUGCCGGCGGGAGCGGACCCGGUGCGGCUGCUCGGCCCCGGCGAACAGAAGCUGCUCCGUCAGCUCGAGCAGCUGCUCGGGCAGGAGCGGUACGGGCGGGCGGCGACCGGGGCGUUCGAGCGCGAGCCGGCCGAAUGGAAGGAGCGCUUCGUCGACUACGCGGAGCAGCUGGUGCACCUGCUCGGGCAGCUGCUGGCGAAGGAUGACGCGCGGGACGCCUGCCAGCAGCAGCUGGACCGCUGGAUCCAGACCGGCUGGCCGGGCGUGACCGACCGGCUGGUGAACUGCAUCUGCGUCGGGCUGGACUUCGAGCGGGCGAUGGUGCAGCCGCAGCCGGCGUUCAAGCUGCGCCACAUGAAGAGCGGCAUCCGGCUGGCCGAGUUUCUCGGCCCGCACGAACCAUUCAUCGCGCUGCUGCUGCGGCGGGCCCGGCCGGACGAGUUCAACCUGUUCGACCGGCUGCUCGGCCUGUACUCCCAGCCGCACAUGGCGCUCUCGAUCAAGCUGAUGAUCAUUCGCACGAUCUACGCGUGUCUGGAUACGCGCACCGCCGUCCACUACUUCCUGUCGCCGUCGUACAACGGGUACCAGAUACUGCUCGACCUGCUGCAGGAGAACCCGUCGACGCGCAUCAGCUUCGCGCUGAAGUCGCUGCUGCGCAAGAUCUCGCUGUACGAAAACCUGGAGCUGAUACACGCGACCGUGGAGGAGCUGUACGUGCGCGCGGUCGAGGAGGGUGGCGAACCGCAACAGCAGCAGGGAGGCGCGAAGCGCACCGACCAGGAGCUGAUGGAGCUGCUGCGCAGCUCGCUGACCGAGCUGACGAGCGCGAUCUCGCUGCACGAGGUGUCGCUCGCGCAGCCGAAACGCUUCCUGCCGGUGUCGGCCAAGUUCGAGAUACACAAGGACAUCGCGUCGUCGCUGAACGUGAGCCGCACGGUGGUGCAGUUCUUCAAGAUCCACCGGCUGGUGGAGUCGCUGGUGCUGCUGCUCGAUCUGCCCGGCACGCCGCCGGCCCUGUGCGAGCUGAUCUACAACCUGCUCGCCUGCCUGCUCAAGAGCGUGCCGAAGCUGCGCUACCUGGUGGACAGCCUGCCGUACACGAACCUGCUGCUGCGGUGGCUGUUCCAGCGGCUGCCGGCCAGUGCCGGCGGGGAGCAGUCGCCGGGCGGCCGCAGUGCACCGACCGUCGACGAGGUGCAGGUAUCGGAGCUGUCCCGCCCGCAGCUGCUGGGCGUGGAGCUGGUGUACAAGGUGCAGACGAUCUACCAUCUGGACGCGAUCGCGAACGCGAGCACCGGCAGCGUCGCCCCAUCGAACGAUCAGCUGGAGGAGCAGCGGGACCGGCUGGUGGACGGGCUGCACGCCCUGUACGAGCUGUCCUGCGGGCCCGGGCGCCGCUUCGUCGUGGAGGUGCUCUCGAUGGACGACAAUCUGGCGGUGCUGCUGGAGCUGCUCGAGCGCGAGCAGCGCACGGUGGCGAAGGAGAGCGUCGGGGGGACGAAUGCGGCCGCCACCAAGCAUCGCUCGCCGAUCGUCGGCUACUGUGUCGAUCUGGUGGACUGUACCGUGCGGCACGGCGAAGCCGUCGGCUAUCUGGCCCAGCACGGGCCGGCACUGCUCGCCCUCGCCAAGCAGCACGAGCAGUUCGAGCCGGGCGUCAGCGCGACCCUGCAGGAGCUGGCCGUCUACCUCAAGCCGCUCGAGCUGCACGAUCUGUUCGCGUACGUCGACAUCGGGCCGCUGGUGGAGCUGAUGCGCCGCAGCCUCGAGUACGUGACCGCCUUCCCGGGCGACCUCAUCACCGCGCUGCGGCUGGUCCGGCUGCUCGGCAUACCGCCGUACGACGACUACGAGCAGCCGGGCGGGCACGCCGAGUUCAAAUACAAGUACACGCUGCUCCAGUUCUACUCGGCGGACGGGCAGGCGCUGCUGCUCGCCAUCCUCGACAAGCUGACGCACCACUUCGACCAGCCGGCCAUCCACACGUCCAGCCUGGCGAGCCAGCAGGGCGUGCUGCUCACCCAGCUGCUCUGCCCGCUCGUCUACAUCCUGCGCAAGCUCGUCACCUACCUGAUCGAGUGCCGGAACACGGAGUUCCGCGACCUGACGCUGAUCGAGCCGCUGCUCCGCACCUACACGCUGAUGCAGUGCGUCCCGUCGGUCGCCGCGGCCGGGCCCGACGCACGCCAGGUGCAGCGCGAAACGGUGCGCAUACUGCUCGCGUACACGCAGCCGACGCCGCCCGAAGGGCUCGACACGAACAACGUCCAUCGCAGCCUGUGGACGCAGAUGGUGGGCGAGCUGGUGCGGUUCACGCUCGCCGGCCCGAACUACUUCCUGCCCGGGCUGCUGGUGCUGUCCGAGCUGCUGCCCCUGCCGCUGCCCAUCCACUGCCGGCAGCCGCUCGCCCCGCCCGAGCUCAGCCGGCUGAUUCAGGAGCGGCAGCUCUGGUCGGCCCAUCUGCACCCGCAAAGCCCCUCGAUCGGCGAGCUGAUCCAAACGCUCUGCACCUCCAGCUACACGCCGAUGCUGGCCGUGCUGAGCCGCGUCUGUCUGCAGCUGUCCGAUCUUGCCCCGAACAUGACGCUGCUCGUCUCGAAGUCGCUCGCCGACCUGAUCGUGCAGGAGCCGCUGCUCCCCGGCGGGCUGGCAAGCACGAGCCACGCCCGGCUGGUCAGCUUCCUCGCCACGCUCGUCUGCCACGCGUCGGUCAAAAUCUCCGUACUGUCGAUCCUGCCCGGCCGCAUCAUGGACAUGCUGAUGGGCGUGCUGCUCAACCCGGGCCAGACGCCGGCCCACCAGCAGACGCAGCAGCACAUCUACCUCACCUUCCAGAGCCUGUUCGACGCGGAGAUAGCGCUCAUGUUUGGCGACACGAUCGAUCCGGCCCUGCAGCUCGCCUGCUCGCUGCCCCCGAAGGACAUCAUCGAGGCGUUCUGUGGCGCGUGCGCCACCAACGUGACCGGCGCCGAGAUCGGGCUCGGCGUCCUGAUGGCCGCCCUGCGCACCAUGCUGCUGCUCACCGAGCACGACACCACCUUCGUGACGCUGAUGGCGAACCUGAUGCGCAAGCGGGACGGCUGGUGUGCGGUGAUGCACAAGUUUUGGCGCAAGGCCCGGGAUGGUCCCGACGCGUACCGGGCGCUGUUUGUGCUGCUGAGCGACUUCUGGCGGUCGCUGGCCGCGUACGAAACGGACGGCUGCGUCAAUCUGCCCAAGCGCACGGUCAAGCUGCCGCUCGACCAGCUCGGCAUGCUGAUGCCGCUGUGCGACAGUGAGGAGGAUGCGCUGCUCGCCCAAAUGCUACCGUUUGUGGACGAGCUGCUCGACCUGUACGGGGGUGGUGAGGCGAAGGAGCAACCGAUGCAGUUGGACAGUGGAGCGGCUGCCGAACCACCCAAGCCCGGUACGGACAGCCUGAAGGACAAUUUGAGCUUCCUGCGCACUCAGAUCGAGCUGGCAGUGGCGGCGGCGGCGGCGACAGCAACAACGGAAGCGGCCAAAAGCGCCCCCAUCGACUGGAGUGCGGUCACGGUUGAUCCGCUGCCCCAGGCGGAGGGCAUCGUCACGCAGUACGGCUCCCGCAGCGUCUACCUGCUCAGCGAGGACUGCGACGAUCAGCUGAAGGCGACGGACUGGCUCGGCUUUACGCCCUGCGACGACGAUCUCGAGCGCGAGCAGAUCCCGUGCGACCUGCAGGACCUCGCGAAGGUGUGCCUGUCCGGUGACACGAACCUGACCGCCGACUGCAAGCGCCUGCUGCACCUGUCCGCGUCGCCCCAUUCGAACCGGGACCGGCUGACGACUGCGCCCUGCUUCCGCACGCGGCGCGUCGAGGUGGAACCGAGCACGGGACGGCCGGAGAAGAAGAUAUUUGCAACACCAUUGCGCGGGCGUGGAUUUUCGCGCACACCCACCACCCGUGGGGAUCUGUUCCGGUCCCGCCCGCCCAACACGUCCCGUCCGCCCUCGCUGCAUGUGGACGAUUUCCUGGCGCUCGAAACGUGCGGCGCCCAGCCGACCGGACCGACCGGCUACAACAAGCUGUCGCGCGACAUCAUCACGAUCCGCGGCACGAACCGGAGCCGCGGGCGCAACUUCCCCGACCGCGGUGCCCGAUCGGGCGGCGCUGGUGGCGGGGGCGGUGGAGGCGGUGGCUCCGUCGGGGGUGGCAGCGGUGGAUCCGGCAGCGGCGGGGGCCACUGGCAGAGUGCCGCCGGGGGCAGUGGCGGUGGUAACGGGGGCGGUGGGGGAGGCGGUGGCAGCGGCAGCGGUGGCAAUGGCGGCGGCUCCGGCUGGUCGUCCGGUUCGUCCCAGAUGCACGAUGGCGGCGUGGGGGGUGGCGUCGGCGGUGGAAGCGGCCCCGGCAGCGGUAAGCACUUCGGGCACGGGUUGUCUAGUGGCGGCGGGGGCAGUGUCGGUGGUGGUGGCGGCGGUGCUGGCAGCAGUGGCCACUAUCGCGAUCCGCCCAGCCACUUUGGCGGCUCGCAGCGACCACGCUCCGGCCGGGGCUUCAACCGAUACAGUGGCCGGAUCUAUACGCGUCAGAUCUAGGGCGGGGGCAGCAGCGUUUUGCGUUCCUGAGCAAAAAAUAAGGUCGGGCAAAGCAGUUUGCUGCGGCUUGGUAGAGUAGCGUCGUGGUUCGGUCUCGCUGUUUGCUAGGGGAGCAGAGUGCGAGAGAGAGAGAGAGAGAGAGUAUUAUGCCUUUAUUAUUUCAUGAUCCGGAAUCGGAAUUUACCCAACUUAUUAUUAUUAUUAUGUUUUGUCAUCGUAAAAUGAACCUUACUUUCUGAUGUUUAUGUACGCUGCUCGACCCCUACCCCUAGACCGUCGCACUGAGUGGAGCAGUCCAGUUUAGACUUAAGGCAAAUCGUGUUUUACGCGAUGGUAGGAUACAAACUUUUAGCUUUUAAACACCUGAUGGAUAUAGGGUCCUAAAAUCCUUCACCCGCGUGAUUUUCGCCCUCCCUUUUUGCCCCUGCGCCAAUUGGCAACACACGGGCAACAAGCAGGCGGGAUGAAGGAUUUUACGGACGCUUCCGACACUUGGAGAACCAGUACACUGUGGCCUGAAAAUACUAGAAAAUUUAACAAUGCGCUCAUAGAAUUGUAUGUGCUGAUGUAUGUGUAAUGUACCUAAGGGUGUAUGCUAAUCUUA